ACCUGACAUAAUAUUGUCAAACGCUAGUGUUACAAAAUCUUUGAAAUCAACAGGAAUAAUGAAGAACGAUUCGACUUUUAUGCGAUCAACAGAAGACCAAGUAUCAGUUACAAAAGCGAUAGCAAGUGGGAGUACAGAUGUCCAGCCAACAAAAGCAACAACUAGCAUUAUAAAUGGAACAACGGCAAGAGUAUUUAACACAAACGAAGCAACAGUAACUCACCCGACACAGACAACUGUAUCAAAAACGCAUACACUUACAGCUACUAAAACAAUAGCAACACCUUUAUUAAAAACAAACAAAACCACACAUAUUCAGCCAAAGGAAACAACAGUAUUAAAAACAACUGGAAUUCCAUCUACUGAACUGACAGAAUCAAGCCAUAUGAAAUCAAACGAAACUACUACACAGUCGACAGAGACAGCUGCAGUAAAUACGAAUGGAACAACACGCGAUGUGUCUACAGAACCAACAGAUUUCAACAGAAAUAUAACUACAGCUAAUCAGUUGGCAGGAACAAUAAACAUCUUAACGGAUGAAACAACAGCAUCUUUGUCGACACAAAGAACAAACAUAUCAACAAAUGAAACAACAGCUACUAUGUCGACAGAAUUAACCAACAUCUUAAAGAAUGGUACUACAGCUACUAAAACGACAGAAACAACAAACUUUUUACCGAGUGAAACACAAGCUACUAUGACGACAGAAACAACACACAUCUUAACGAAGGGAACAACAACUACUGUGACAACAGAAACAACAAACAUCUUAACGAAUGCUACAACAGCUACUAUGCCGACAGAAACAACAAACUUCUUACCGAAUAAAACAACAACUACCAUGCCGACAAAUACAACAAAAUUCUUAACGAAUGAAAGAACAACUUUUAUGCCGAUAUAUACAACAAACAACUUAACGAAUAAAACAACAACUACAAUGCCGCCAGAAACAACAAACAUCUUAACGAAUGAAACAACAACUAACGUGACAACAGAAACAACAAACUUCCGGACGAAUAAAACAUCAACUACCUUGCAGACAGAUACAACAAACAUCUUAACGAAUGAAACAACAACUACCGUGACAACAGAAACAACAAACUUCCUGUCAAAUAAAACAUCAACUACUUCGCCGACAGAUACAACAAACAUCUUUACAAAUAAAACAAAAACAACUAUGCCGGCAGAUGCAACAAACUUCUUAACUACUAAAACAACAACUAGUAUGUCAACAGAUAACACAAACAUUUUUAACGAAUAA